CUAAAAAGUUACAGUACAUAUAAGAGUCUAUUUUAUAUAUUUUUCCUAAAGUAAAUUAAAUAGGCAUAUAUGGAUCUGGGAGAACAUUCUGCUAAUAAUUCUGUUCCUGUCUCAUCUUCAUGUCGCAAACUAAGAAAGUUUUUUAAUGCUGUGCUGCCGAUCGUGCGUUUACGGAAGUUAAUGAAGCGGCUUUGCGUCAAUCCAGCUGCUGUAGAGAUUUCAACCAUCCCAAGAAAACUGCAGGAAAAAUUGAAUCCAGAGAAUUUAAAAUUACAGUUUUCGAACAACGUAUGUGGUCCAAUAUAUACUGGGCUCCCCAUAGGAGAUCAAGAGGGAAACCCCUUAGAUCUACAUUUAAUUGACUGCAGUAAUCAAAAUAUUAUGAAUUGUGGGGCAGAAGCAUCAGCAGAAGUGGAAAUACUUGUCCUUGAGAAAGAUUUUACUAGGUAUAUUGGUGGCGAAAAAUCGCUGAUUCGUGGAAAUCCUCAAGUUAGCUUGAAAAAUGGGAGUGUUUCUGUAAGUCAUAUUUCAUUCAAACAUACUAGAAAUUCUUUGAAAAAACGUGAAUUGAGACUGUGUGCAAGAGUUGUGUAUCCCUUUAACAGAAUCGUGGACGCAGUCACUAAACCAUUCUUCGUCAAAGAUCGUCGUUCCAUGGGAAAGAGCCUGAAGCCCCUAAUACUUGAUGAUCAAGUUUGGAAACUGCAAACGAUUCGCAAAGACGGUCCUUUCCAUAAACGUUUGAUGAAGGAAAACAUUGAAACAGUCCAGGACUUCUUAACUCACUACUUUUUGAACCGUGAAAACCUACUCAGUAUCCUUGGCAGGCAUAUGAACGUGAAGAAAUUGGAUGCAGCAGUAAAUCAGGCAAAGAGUAAACUUGAGUUGAAAAGAUAUGUGUAUCGUCAGGAAAAUCUACGAGUGGUAUUUACUGAUGUGGGGGAAUUGAUUGGAGUACAGUUUUGUAAAGAGGGUCAUUCUUUCUCUUUCCAACAGCUCGUUCAAGAACUAAAGGCUUUUGCAACGCAAAUGGUUAAAAACGCAUUUCAAAAUGGCCGACAGAAUUUCAAGGUUUUAUUGGAUGAUGAUAGUUUUUAUAAUGGAUUCACUUCUGAGGAGGCUUAUAAUUAUGUAAUUGACACACAGCAGCGGCAACCAGUGCCUAAUAAUAAUAAUGUUGCUAAUUACAUGCCAAACACAAGUUUGAAAGUGAAUAAUUAUGACAAUAUAAGCCAACUCAAUGGUGCAUUACCACAUCAAUUUCAUCCAGAUGACAACGACAUAAUCGACCAAUAUCUUCCCUCAAUCAUCUGGGACUAAUUAUUACAUCAGGAUCGUUUUCAUUGGUUAACUAUUGUAGGCGUGGUGGAGUCAUGAUUUUCAUCAAAAGUUUCAAAAUAUGAACCAGUAUACAUACGAAGAUGAAAGGUUUCAAAAUAUGAACAAGUAUACAUACGAAGAAAUUAUAGACAUAUGAAAAAAUUACUAGCUAGGUCUGUCCUUGGUGGUGGAUUAUAGUGAAUGAUAAUUAUAAGUAGACUUGAAGAUCAAAAGUCUCAAAUGGAAACUGUGAUUGUAAGGGGAACUGUAUUACUUUUUAUAUUAGAUAAUUUCUCAAA